GCACGCCUGCGCAGGGCGCGAGCGGGCAGGCAGGUAGCAGGUCCAGCGCCGGGCGCGAGCGGGCAGGCAGGUAGCAGGUCCAGCGCCGGGCGCGGCAGCAGUCAUGACCGAGGGCACGUGUCUGCGUCGAAGACGGGGACCCGUUAAAGCGGAACCCGCCACCGACCUCAGCCGCUGGCGGCUCAGCAAUGAGAAGGGGAGGCAGAGAUGGACAUAUUUUCAGGAGGAAGAAAGCCCUAGCCGAGAGCAGUCUGGGCUGGAAGCUCACCUCCUGGGACUGGACACGAGGAGUUACUUCAAGGAUUUGCCCAAAGCCCACACAGCGCGUGAGGGCGCUCUGAAUGGGAUGACGUUUUACACUGGCCUGCAGGCCGAGGACGGGCACUGGGCGGGUGAUUACGGUGGCCCACUCUUCCUCACGCCAGGCCUCCUGAUCGUCUGCUACACGGCGCGCAUUCCCCUGCCGGCUGGGUACAGAGAAGAGGUCACACGAUUCCUGUGGUCUGCGCAGCUCCCCGACGGCGGCUGGGGCCUGCACAUCGAGGACAAGUCCACGGUGUUUGGAACCGUGCUGAACUAUGUGUCUUUGAGGAUUCUGGGCGUGGGGCCCGACGAUCCCAACCUGGUGCGAGCCCGGAACGUCCUCCACGCGAAAGGCGGCGCCCUCUACACGCCCUCGUGGGGGAAGUUCUGGUUGGCCGUCCUGAACGUGUACAGCUGGGAAGGCCUCAACACCCUGCUCCCGGAGAUGUGGCUCCUUCCCACCUGGAUGCCCAUGCACCCUUCCAAGCUCUGGUGCCACUGCCGGCAGGUGUACCUGCCCAUGGCCUACUGCUACAGCACCCGGCUGAGCGCCGAGGAGGACCCGCUGGUCCAGAGCCUCCGCCAGGAGCUCUACGUGGAAGACUAUGGCCUCAUCGACUGGCCGGCGCACAGGAACAGCGUGGCCCCUGAUGACCUGUACACCCCGCACAGCUGGCUGCUGAACGCGCUGUACGCCGUCCUCAACUUCUAUGAGCGCCACCACAGCACCAGCCUGCGGCAGCGGGCCACCCAGGAGCUGUACGAGCACGUCGCGGCCGACGACCGCUUCUCCAAGUGCAUCUCCAUCGGCCCGAUCUCGAAAACCAUCAACAUGCUGGUGCGCUGGUACGUGGAUGGGCCCGCCUCCUCCGUCUUCCAGGAGCACGUCUCCAGGAUCCCCGACUACCUGUGGCUGGGCAUUGACGGCAUGAAAAUGCAGGGCACCAAUGGCUCGCAGAUCUGGGACGCCGCCUUUGCCGUCCAGGCUCUGCUGGAGGCGGGUGCACAACACAGGCCUGAGUUUUUGACCUGCCUGCAGAAGGCGCACGAGUAUCUCCGAGUCUCACAGGUCCCAGACAACUACCCCGACCACCAGAAGUACUACCGUCAGAUGAGCAAGGGCGGCUUCCCCUUCAGCACCCUGGACUGCGGCUGGAUUGUUGCCGACUGCACAGCUGAGGCCUUGAAGUCCGUCCUUCUCCUGCAGGAAAACUGUCCCUGCAUCACCCAGCACAUCCCGCAAGAGCGGCUCUUCGACGCUGUCGCUGUGCUGCUGAGCAUGAGAAAUGCCGACGGAGGGUUUGCCACCUAUGAGACCAAGCGUGGGGGACACCUUCUGGAGCUUCUGAACCCCUCGGAGGUCUUUGGGGACAUAAUGAUCGACUACACGUAUGUGGAAUGCACCUCAUCUGUGAUGCAGGCGCUGCAGGAGUUCCACCAUCAGUUCCCAGACCACAGGGCUGGGGAGAUCAGGGAGACGCUUGAGCAGGGCCUGGACUUCUGUCGGCGGAAGCAGAGGGCCGACGGCUCCUGGGAGGGCUCCUGGGGCGUGUGCUUCACCUACGGCACCUGGUUCGGGCUGGAGGCCUUCGCCUGCAUGGGGCACACCUACCACGACGGGGCUGCCUGUACGGAGGUCUCCCAGGCCUGCGACUUCCUGCUGUCCCGGCAGAUGGAGGACGGGGGCUGGGGGGAGGACUUCGAGUCCUGCAGGCAGCGGCGCUACGUGCAGAAUGCCCGCUCCCAGAUCCACAACACCUGCUGGGCCCUGAUGGGGCUGCUGGCCGUCAGGCACCCUGACGUGGCCGCCCUGGAGAGGGCAGUCAGCUUCCUGCUUGGGAAACAGCUGCCCAAUGGCGACUGGCCCCAGGACAGCAGCGCUGGCGUCUUCAACAAGACCUGUUCCAUCACCUACACCAGCUACAGGAACGUUUUCCCCAUCUGGGCCCUUGGGCGCUUCUCCCGCCUGCACCCGGAGAGCGCCCUCGCCGGCCGACCUUGAGAGCACGUCUGUGGGCACCUGGGGGGCUGCUCCUGCAAGUUCCAGGCCAGGCUGUGGCACCUUGGCUGGGCCGGGGCGGCCCCGUCACUGCCCGCUUCAGCAGGAGGCCUGGGACAGGCCUGCGGUGGGGGUGGGGUGGGGGUGGUGGCUGCAGGAGCUGGAUUUUCGGUGUCGGUUUAGUUCUGGGAACAGCAGUUGAGCGCGGAUGGGGGAGGGACGGGACGCAUGGUGACUCUGGGUAAAGUAGAGUGUUCCAAGGUCCCAGGCGGCAUGUCCGCGUCCGCGCUGUGGGCGCAGGGCAGGGAACACCCUCUUGGCCUGAGUUCCGGGGAGGGGGCAGCUGUGCCUGGUGCCCUCGAGUUGCCGGGUCUCGGGCUGAGACCUGCUGCCUCCCUGAUCAGCCCGGCGGGAGAGGCCGGACCUCUGUUCUCUGGGGCUGCUCAGGGCUCGGCAAGGAGUGGGGACCAGACCUGGUGAGCGUCCUGUGGCUGCUCAGAGUUCAGCCCGUUUGGAGGGUGCCAUCAUCACACCUCCAGAGGCUGUAGCCGUCUGGUAACGACAGAGGGACGCCCAGGAGGCCAAGAUAACUGAGGGGGAGGGGGUGUCCGCGGCUUGACGGUCACCACGCUGGGGCACUGUUGUGUGGGGGGGCAGCUGUGCACCCCAGCCUGUCACCACCCACUGCAGCUGGCCAGGCGGGCGUGACACCUGGGUCCCCAGGGCACCCUCCUGUCCCCUUUGUGCUCCAAGCUGAAGGGAGGUCUGGUUUUCAGGGGGCUGCCUCGCGGGCAGGGGGCCUCUGAACUCCCCCAGCUUCUACUCCCGUCUGGUUUGACGUGCGUGGACUUGGGGCUCAGGACGGAAAAACCUGGGUCCUGGAAUUGCCUCUAAGAACGAGUGGCUCCCGUGCCCAGGGCUCCCCGGGCCAGGGGGGGUCACUGAGAGCUUUGAUGAGGGUCAGACCCAGGCCCGGUGUCACCCUGGGGCCCCCUGCUUCUCGCUCACCCCAGUGCCUCCCCCCUGCUGUUCCUCGGCCACCUCCUCAGGUGACAGCAGUCUCCGGCUGCUGUCCCCAGCCAGAGCGCGCUGCUCCUGCCCUCCCCGGCGCCCGCAGUCCUCGCUCAGCCUGUGCCCCGUGGCCUUGCCCCCGCAGCAGCCCCGGCCCAGGAGCACCGUCCCUGUGUCCCAGACAGUGCGGGGCUCGCCUGCCUCUGGCCUUCGCCUGAGCCGCCCCAGGGGCUGCCGCACUGCGGCCUGUAGCAGGUGUCGGUUGAUGUCAACACUUUCCUCUCGACGAGGCUGGUUUUCACACCAGGUUCGUCUUGCCGAGGGUCCCGCUGAGGUCGGGCGGGUUUGCUGGCGCACCGGCCGCACCGGUGGUCGCUCUUCACUGCUCCUUUCGGUGGCCCUGCCCUGCCCAGCUCCCAGCUGCCGCCAGCCCCCUGGACGAAGCCUAGGCUUCCAGAAAAGAAAGGGGAACCUGCUUUCACACUGCAGAUAUUACUGAGAGCCACUUAUCUGACCAGCGACCGUCGUAAACAGGCGUCCGAGUCCCUUAGGCAGGAGCAUGCCCCGCUUGUGCCUGACUCCUGUGCGGGUUCUCAUGUGCCACGUCGGGGGCUGGCCCCUCGGUCUCAGGGAACAGGGGUGACUGCUCCAGGAUAGCAGGGCGCUUCUGCUCGCCUGAGGGGACGUAUCUGCCUCCACCUGGUUAAAAGUCGAGCUCUCUGUCCCGGCGAAGGAGUCAAGUCUGGAGUUCGUUUUCCUCCGGCCUCUCCAGAGCAGACGGGGGGUGUGCUGGGCUCGGGAGCCCCGUCAGCCCUUCUGUGUUGACCGUGACGGAACGUUAGCGCUAAGCCUCGGAAGCGUCCUCUAACUGCAAACGCCCAGCUCGCUGUGGAGACUUACUCUAAGAAAAUGCUUUUCCUUACCGAACAUAAUCAAUAUCGCUACACAGAUUUAAAUUUUAUUCAGGCAAUAAAAAUGCUCACAAAACUGA